AUGCCAAGAUAUGAAGCAGAUUUGGACGUCAAUAUAGCUGCUUCCUCAGCAGCUACAGGACAUUCAGGGGUGAAGUAUCCCCAGUGCGGACCAUAUCUGAAGAAGUUCAGACAGCACCAAGUGGUAGACGGACAAACCUCCUGCGGCGUGCGGCGGAGAGGCCCUUCCCCUCCUCCUCAUCCCGGAGACAGGGCUCGCCUGCUGGAAGAGCGGUUAUCCAGCCAGGAGAGGACCACGGCUUUCCUCCUCCAUCAGGCUUUCCGAAUUAAAGAUGACAUCGUCUCCUACCUCCAGCGAAGCCAUGGUUAUCAGCACGGGGAGACCUCUGCCCGGCGGCUGCUGGAAAACCAUAUCCAGACCAUUACGAGCAUCAUGAAAAAGCUCAGCCAGGACAUUGAGGUUUUGGAGAGGCAAAUAAGAGCAAGGGAUGGUGCCGCAGUAGAAACUAAUUUUGCUGUUCAAAGUCUGGACCAUAAAUACAUGCAGGGUCUUGGAGACCUGCGUGGAAGAGUGGCAAGAUGCGAGGCAAGCAUUGCAAAGCUGUCGGGAGACAUCAGUAUUAUCAGACAUGAGGCCCAGAAGACUGAAAAAGAGAUUUAUGGCCUUCGCUCUGCCCUCAAAAAUUGUGUUGGGGAUUUUGAGAAGAAGGUAAUGCAGCUAUUAGACAAGAUAGAGACUUCCAACUCUGAUCAAAGCUCGAAUUUAAAGACAGUCCAGGGAGAUCAACAUCACGAAUUGCAACUUCUGGAUUUCAAGUUGACAAGUAUUCUAAGUGACAUCAGGAAUCAGAUACAGACUCAUCGGAAGUGGACGGAAUCGCAGUUGACACGGUCUGAAGAAGACCAAGCCCAGCACAGGCAUCAGCUGCUGAACUCGGUGAAGGAGAGGCUGGAAAGAGCAGAAAAAAGAGCAGAAGAAAAGCUCCUGCUUCUGUCACUAAAGCUAGAACAAAUGGAUAAACCACAGAAAUACGAAAAGCAGUUGAACCAGAUGAAAAGAGAUGAAAAAAACCUGCAUGCGAGAAUCACCGCAUUUGAAAGAGAGAUCUGGAAGGAGCUUGAGGAAAUCCAAAAUGAAUACAGAUCAGGAUUUCAAUCCAUUCAUGAGUCUCUGGAGCUGCUCAAACAAAUACAGAACACAAAGCUGAAACUUGAAAAAAAGAAAAUUCAGAAAGACACAAAAAAGAUGCAAUGA